AUGCCCUCACCUUCUAGCGCGUCCAUGUCCUCGCACUACAAUUCCAUGCAGGUGUUUGGUACCCAGAUCAGUCACAAGCUCGCUACCGUCAGCAACUAUGGCAAACCUAGUGUUGAUAUCAUCCUGAAUAACAGCCAUGGCACCCACGGCGAGUAUGUCACGAGCUACUCGACCAUGGACACCAUUGAGGGGACCGUCUCCAUCAAGGCCGAUAAGGAUACCCGUUUUGAGGAGCUCGAGAUAUCUUUCAUAGGCCACAGCACAGCAUUCGUCGACAGACUGACAGCAACACCCUCCGUGACCGGUCGCACUGAAGCAACCCACCGCUUCCUGACCCUCAAGCAGCCCAUCGACGAAGCAGAUCUACCAUGUCCACGCAAACUGAUUGCCGGAAAGACAUACGAGUUCCCAUUCGCCUUCACUGUUCCACAGCAUCUUCUUCCUCGAGCAUGCGAACAUCAAGUAUCCAACGACCAUGUCCGCGCCAGCCACUUGAUGCUCCCACCUAGCAUGGGAGAUCCAGAUCUCGCUGGUUUCGGCGGCUCACUGCUCGAUGACCUUGCCCCUGACAUGGCGAGAGUCACCUAUUCCGUCAAGGCGCGCCUCACCCACCUCCGAGAAGCAGACAACACCAUCUCGACCCUCGUCUCCAAGAUGAAAAAGGUCCGCGUCAAGCCCGUCUACGAAGAGCAGCCUCCCCUCAAUAUCCACAGCUCCGACUCCCAGUACCGCCUGCGCGAGGAGAAGAAGAUCAAGAAAGGCCUCUUCAAAGGCAAACUCGGCACUCUCGUCGCCGAAUGCGCACAACCACGAGCCCUCGUCAUCCCAGGGGCCCGAACCGUGUGCGAGAAGCCCAUCAGCACUGUCGCGAAGCUGCACCUGCGAUUUGACCCAGCCGACGAAGACGCAACAGCAGCACCCCCUCGCCUUGGAUCCGUCACUUCGAAGCUCAAGGUCCAGACGUACUACGCCUCCGCGCCGCGACGCACUUUCCCGUCACGCGACACCAUCGGCUUCGACCUCACGCAAGGCGUUUACGUUGCCAAUGUCCCCCUUUCUACCCUCUGCAUCGGCUCCGCACAAUGGAAAAAGCAAUCUCCAUCCGCCAACCCGCCGUCCCCCGCCAACGCUCUUGACCGCCGCGACUCCGACGACUCAGGGAUCUCCGACUGCUCGGCCCUCAGCAGCACCUCUUCUCAUAACAAGGUGUCCGACAUCCCACAACCCAGCAAAUCCUACCGCGGCGGCUCCUUCUACACCGCAACCAUCAUCGUGCCCCUCACGUGCCCAGACAACAAAAACCUACUCCCGACUUUCCACGGCUGCAUCAUCUCCCGCGUCUACGCGCUCUCGCUGCACAUAUCCGCCUCCAAUGCGUCGGCCCUGCACCUCAAGGUGCCGAUACAGGUCGCGGCCGAGGGGAGCGAUACCGGGAAUGCGAAUGCGAUGGCCAGGAGCGUCGAGGAUGCGUCGGCGAGGGACGUGGAUCAUAUGUUUGUGCCGAGGAGGGUGGCGCCCCCGUCGAUGCAGACAACAAGGACGAACAGUGUCGCUACGACUGAUGUGGGCGAGGAUUUGCCGCCGCAGUAUGGGGAGUUUGCGAGUGGGUUUGGGGCGAGGGCUAUGGUUGUGGCGUGA